UGCUGCCGCCAUUUUGAUACGCUCUCUUGUCUAUAAUUUUGAAUAGAUCGUCUUUAUGGCAAGGUUUUCCUGGCGGGAUAAUUAUGUAUACAACAUUUUAAAAUGGAAUCUUGGUCCGAUUUGUGCCGAUGCUGUCUGUCUCCCGAUUCCGAGGUGUCACUUUUCGAUACCGAAGAAAAUGUAAGGGAAAAGUUUUUGGAAAUUACCACAAUUGAGGUUCAAGAGGAUGAUGGCCUACCACAAAAGCUGUGUGGUGAUUGCUUUACACUUAUGACCACAGCUUAUCAGUUUCGCACACAAUGUAUGAAAGUAGACAAGGAACUAAAACUGCAAUUAAAUACUUUAAUAACUCACAGCAAAGAUGAAGAAUUUUCACAAAUAGAAACACAACUUAAAGCAAGCGAGGACAUGACUAUAGAAGAUAUUGCAAAAGAAUCCAUGAAAAAGCUAGAAUCAAUCAUAAAAAAGGAACCAAACGACAGUGACGAUGAUUACUACUAUGUUGUUGUGGUUGAUAAUCAAAAAGAUCAAAGUGAAAAGUCUGAUGAUGAUAGAAGUAGAGACUUGGUGAUAGAAUCAAUAACGAAAGAUGAACCUGGAAAUGAAGCCGCACAAAACCAAGAGGACCGAGAUUUUGAAAAUACAAUAGAUUCAUUUCUUGUUUCUAAUCCAAAAGUACCUACAGAUGUACCUGCAACUAUAUUAGAAAAUGAAGAAGAAGAACAAGAUAAUGGAGAUCAGUUUGAUGAGGGUAUGAAUGUGGAUGAUGUCAAUGAAAUACACAAUAGGGAUUUGGCUAUAAUCGAAGAUCAAGAAAGACCUCAUGAGUUCACGGUUCCUCUUUCUGGAGAGAUGUUGAAAAGUCUGCCAAAUGCUAAAAAUUUUAUCAAAAUACUCACUCCUUCGGGCACAGAAAGAACGAUUCUACUUAAAAGCGAUGAUGGUAUAAAAUAUGUAACAGACCCUUUAUCUCUCAAAAUGGAAGAUGGGGAUUCAAUGUCACAAGAAGUAAUUUUAUAUGAAGGGGAUGAUUCUCCUCAGUUCCAAUUAGUUAAGUGCGACGGCUCAGAGCUGGUCAUAGAGUAUGCUGAUGAUAGCCAAAUUGCAACUGUGCUUCAACAGGAAGAUGGUACAUUCCUCUGUGACUGCGGUGAACAGUUUGAUGAUUUAGAUAAUUAUGAGAAACACCAAUACAAACAUAAUCCAGCAGGUGAUCACUUAUGUAACCUAUGCGGCAAAGGCUUUGAAACUGCCGAAAUACUAACUGGACAUAUGCUCCUUCAUAGCAACCCAGUAGGACUCCUAGUUACGUGUCCAUUCUGUAAUCAAAAUAUAAAACGCAACACUCUCACCCAACACAUCAAAUAUGUACACAACAGUAAACCCCAAUGUAAUGUAUGCUCAAAAACAUUUGCCAAUCAAAAUAACUUGAAAAGGCAUAUGAUGAUUCAUAGCGGUAUAAAAGACUUUGAAUGUGACAUCUGCCAUAAAAGAUUCCAUCAAAAAAUCACAAUGCAGACACAUAGACUAACCCACAUUAACCCCUUCACGUGCAGUCAAUGUGGUAUCAAAUUUGAAAAUAAAUCCGAAUUAUCAUCACAUAGGGGAUCUGAUGAGUGUUCAAAGUCACGAAUUAUGAAAGUUAAAGAGGAACUCAUGAAAACGGUCAAACAGGAAGUAACAACUAAUUUUGGCAAAUUGUUAGGCUAUGCAUGUUCAUUAUGCAAAAAGAUGUUUUCUGUAGAGUCAGCAUUGGAACAGCACGUGGAAAGUACCCAUAUUGUUGAAUCUGAGGGUCAAAAUGCUGAGAAGAAUUUAAAGAAGACUACUAAAAGAUUUGAAUGCUGUAUUUGUGGCAAGGGAUGUGCCAGCCAAGCUAUGUUGAUAAUGCAUGAAAGAGUUCACACUAAUGAGCGACCAUUUCCAUGUCAGCUUUGCUCAUUACGUUUCAAGACAAAGACUCAUUUAAGAACUCAUCAACUCACUCAUACACGUGAAAAGAAGUUUGGUUGUUCUGUGUGUAUGAAAUUUUUUGCUUUGAAAGGAAAUUUAGUUGUGCAUUUACGCACUCAUACUGGAGAGCGUCCAUAUGUAUGUUCCAUCUGUGGGGAUGCAUAUAUUGAUUCUAAGUAUUUGAAGAAACACAAGUUGAAAAAACAUUCAAUCGACAAUGUACCAUGGGACAAGUACUAAUUACUCUUCAUAUUGAGAUGGUGCAUCCAACCACAAUCAAAUGAUAUUUGGUAUUUAUCAAUAUAUUGCAGAACAGUGGGGUUUAUAAAAAUUGAUAAUUUAGUGAAUAACGCCUUUUUUCAAUAUUUAUUUAGUGUUAUCAAGAAAUUGUACUGUACAAUUAGCAACACAUAAUAGGUAUCAUUUUGGUUAAAUUAUGUAAAAAGUUUGCAUAAAAAAUGUCAUCAUCGAAAACUGUAUAUAUAUUUUUAUAAGGCAGUCUAUAAGAUUUGCACUAGAGUUUAUAGGAAAUAAAUUUUAAGCAAUGUGGUUUUUAA